AUGCCCAUUAUUGAUUUCGAGAUAUGGAAACUCUGGCUUUUUAGGAGCAUAAAAGCUAUAGUUAUAAUUUUCCUCGUUGGAUUUUCUAUUGUAUUACCGGUAGAUUCAAUUGUUCAGGCAGCUGAAUCUUCUAAUACUGCCCUAAACACAUUUAUCGUUGUAGGUGCGCUGGUUGCAUUUGGAUUGGUAAGUAUAAUAAUUAUUGUUGGAAGAAUUAUAUUUUGCAGAAGUUGUAUUCAAGAUAUUCCGCGUCGAUAUCUACCAAUUACACCAAAUGAUCUGCCGCAUCGCGGUAGUAGAAAGAUGAUUAUGGAAAAUAUGGAAAAAUCUAAGGAAUUAAGCAUACUUUUUAAAAAGCCAAAGGAACCCGUAAUACAUGCUGGAUUGGAACCACCUUCACGUUGUGAUGAUCCACGUUAUGAAAAGUUAUUUCCCGAUUACCUAAACUAUCGAUCCUGUAUCAAAAGUUUAUCAGAUAGGUUGAAAUAUCAAGGUAUUUUCUUAAACAAUAUGAAUAUCGAUAUGAAAUUAGGUGAGACUUUUGCGGAUGUGGUUAGUAAUCAAUUUACCAGAAAUACUCGAAACAAAACUCAAAUUGACAAUUCCAAAAAGUUUAUUGAUUUGUAUGAAACGAUUAGAUAUUCGGGUAGAGAAGUUACAAGACAACAGUUUAUUGAUUUCGUAUCGUUAGCUAUCUAUUUUGUGGAAGUUUCAUUGACUAGAGAUGAUAGAUCACCAGCUUUAGGCGAGUUGAAUACUGGAUCUCAACUUCAAUUCAAUUUUGACAAUGGAACUUGGGAAAACGAUGUGUCCAAUUAUUCAUUUCCGAACGAUGCUUAUUCUAACGGUGCGGAUUACUACUAUCCUGAAAGCAUAAAUUAUUUGAAGAGAACUAAUUCUACAAGUACUGUAGCUAGAAAAGUACCUUCAUUUGUUCCUACCAACCCAGAGGAAGAACAUAAAAUGGCUCUAGACCCACAAGACCCGGUAUCGCAUAAACCUAGCAUGCAUACAUUAGCCGACAGCUUUAAGUAUGUAACUCAUAGAUAA